GGAGAGGAUCAGACCAGUGAACACCGCGUGGAGCCACCAGAGAAAUUCGUAUAGAAAAAGUGAAAUUUGCUUUCAAAAAUGUUCAAGUUUAUUUGCGCUGCGGCUAUCAUCACCAUGACUCUGCUGGAAACUAUCCAGGCCCAAAGACCAUCCUUCGCGGGCUUGAGGCCACCAGGCGGACUUAGUCAGAAGGACAAAUACCACGCAACCCAAAACACGGCUGUGGAGAAUAUUACCGGAGUGUAUAUAGCGAACAGAUUUGGAGCAGACAGUGCGCAAAAACCUGCUCUGAUUGACCUGCCCUUUGGAGCACCCCAGAAGCCGCCCGUUGGAGUUCCCGUAGUGCAGCCCAUAAGUAACUCUGUGGCGCAGGAUGCUCCAUCUGUGGCCAACCGCUUUGGAUCAGAUGGAUCUCCGAACCCAACUGCUAGUUCCCCGAUCCCUUCUGCCAGCUCCCCGAACCCACCGUCUAAUUCCACGCCCGGAAGUUCCACUACCCCAGUACUCGGCGACCUGCCCGUCGAUGCCCAUGGAGAUCGGGAGUGGGUCAACUACUUGAGCCAGCUACCCGUCGAAAACCAGCCCUUCUGGUUCAUAAACUACCAAGCCAUCGAGGCCCAUCGGAAUAGCUCGAGGCCUAAUGUGGGCGCUUUGGAGACGCGGGGAUCUUUUUUCCGCGGCUGAAAGCUUCAAUUGGAUUCUUUGAAGUCUACGUUAGCUUAGUCAUUAAAAUAAUGUCUUAAUAUUAAAAGUGCAGUUAUUUAUUUAUUUUUGAAAA